CAAACCGUCAUUCGGCGCCAUUUUCAAUUUGUUGUGUUGUUUAGAUUUGUCAGAAGACCAGUACUUCAUAUUUUUGAUAUUAAUUAUUGUAGUUAUAUUUUUUAAAUAAUGUGGAUUAAGGAAGUGAUAAUUGAUGGGUUCAAAUCAUACGCCCAGAGGACGGAAGUUAAAGGAUUUGAUCCUUUAUUCAAUGCCAUCACUGGUCUGAACGGCAGUGGGAAAUCCAAUAUUUUGGAUUCGAUAUGCUUCUUGCUGGGAAUUACAAAUUUGACGCAGGUUAGAGCAAGUAAUCUACAAGAGUUGGUAUAUAAAAGUGGACAAGCUGGCGUCACUAAAGCUACUGUAACAAUCACAUUUGAUAAUGCAGAUAAAAAACAAAGCCCAGUAGGUUAUGAAGGAUAUGAUGAAAUUACUGUUUCAAGGCAGGUGGUAAUUGGAGGACGUAAUAAAUACCUAAUAAAUGGAAGUAAUGCCCAGAAUACCAGAGUACAAGAUUUAUUCAGAUCUGUACAAUUGAAUAUUAACAAUCCGCAUUUUCUAAUCAUGCAGGGCCGUAUCACAAAAGUACUGAACAUGAAGCCUCCAGAGAUUUUAGCCAUGAUAGAAGAGGCAGCUGGAACAAGUAUGUAUGAACAAAAGAAAGCAUCUGCAGAAAGAACAAUACAGAAAAAAGACCUCAAACUCAAAGAAAUUGAUAGUAUACUAGCAGAGGAUAUCACACCAACACUGAAGAAGUUGAAAUCUGAGAGGUCAUCCUAUCUGGAAUUUCAAAAAGUACAACGAGAAUUGGAUCAUCUGAGUAAGUUGUAUGUUGCCUAUCAGUUUAUCAGUGCUGAGGAGACAAGUAAAAGAUCCGCAGAAGAGACACAAGAAAUGGGAGAAUCUAUGGUUAAACUCAGAGAGACUCUUACAGAGAUUGACAACAAAAUAGCAGAAAUCACUGAGGAUAUCAAAAACUUAGAGAAGAAACGAGAUGCCGAGUCUGGUGGAGUCAUGAAAGCAUUGGAAGAGAAUCUGACUGAAAUACAGAAAAAAGACGCCUUGGCACAAGCUGCUGUUGACAAUAAAAAGGAAUCCUUGAAGGCUGAGAAGAAAAAAAAGAAAGAUUUGGAGAAGAAUAUGAAAGAGGACCAAGCUACAUUGAAGAGCAAAGAGAAAGAAAUAGAGAAGUUUGAUAGUAACUUUUCCAAACUACAAGAGAAGAGUAAAGCGGAUGCUGACGCUGUGAGUGCAGCACAGAAACAUUUCCAUGCAGUGUCAGCUGGCUUGUCAAGUAAUGACGACGGUGAAGAUAGAACAUUGGCAGAUCAAAUGAUAGAUGCUAAAAAUCAAAUCAGUGAGGCUGAAACAAGUGUUAAACAGGCUCACAUGAAAUUAAAACACUCUCAGGCAGAAAUCAAGAAGAAACAAUCAGAAAUAAAGAAAACAGAGAAAGAUUACAAAAAGGACAAGGAAGCCUUUGAUUCCAUUGUAAAAAGCAAGACUAAACUGGAAGUGAGUAUACCAUGUCACAAGCUUUAAAGUGAAGUCGGGGAAUUGAGUCCUCAUCUCUUUAAAUUUUCCGAUAGGUUUCCGAAUUUACAGUUUGCCUACAAGGAUCCAGAGAAGAAUUUUAAUCGUAGUAGUGUUAAAGGUUUAGUGGCACAGUUGAUAACGGUUAAAGAUGUGAAUACAGCAACCGCACUGGAGGUGGCAGCUGGUGGCAAGUUAUAUAAUGUAGUGGUUGACACUGAAGUGACAGGUAAAAAAAUACUACAGAAAGGUGAACUGAGGCGACGUUAUACUAUAAUACCUUUAAACAAGAUAUCGUCAAGAACCCUCUCCAAUGAUGUCAUCAAAACAGCUCAGAAUCUUGUUGGGAAGGAUAAUGUACAUACUGCUCUUUCACUGGUUGGAUAUAAAAACGAUGUGAAGCAAGCAUUAGAGUAUGUAUUUGGUACAACAUUGGUAGCUGACUGCUUGGAUAAUGCCAAAAAGGUUUGUUUUGAUCCUAAAGUUAUGAGUCGCACUGUAACAUUAGAAGGCGAGGAAUUCAAUCCAUCUGGUCUUCUUUCAGGAGGUUCUCGUGCUCAGAGUGCAUCUGUCCUGGCAAAGUUGAAUGAUCUAAAAUCAGCAAGAGAUGAACUGAAUCAAACACAACAGGAACUGGAGACUGUUACCAAAGAAUUAGAGUCACUCAGGAAAGUUGGUGAAAAGUACCAGAGAAUAAAACAAGAAUAUGAUUUGAAAGUACAUGAGGUUAGUCUGGUUGAAGCCCGUCUUACACAGAGUACUCAUCACAAUCAACUGGAGGAUAUAAAUGAUUUACAACAGACAAUCGAUGAACAACAGAAGUUGAUAACUGAUGCCAAUGAAACAAUGAAGAAGAUGACUCAGAAAGCCAAGUCUUUGGAAGCUAAGAUUAAAGACGCUAAAUCAGUGAGAGAAAAGGAACUGAAAGAUGCUGAAAAACAACUGACUAAUUCCAAAAAACAGGCGGAGGAAUCAAGUAAAAUAAUGAAAGAAAAACAACAAGAAGUGGAGGCGCUUAAGCUUGAAGCAGAAGGAUUAUCCCGAGACUUAGAUAAUUAUGAAGAUCAGAUAAAAGCUGUAGAUGAAGCCAUUGCUGGAUAUGAAGAAUGCGUCAGACAGUUAACUGAAUCGUGUGUUAUGACUGCGAAUAAUGUAAAAGAAGCUCAAAGUGAUUUGAAUAAACAGAAACAAAAACUGAAAGAAUGUGAUAAAGACAUCAAUACUAAAAGCAGUGAAAUGCAGAAACUGAAAUCAGAAGAUAAUGACACCCAACUCAAGAUUCAAGAACUGGAACAUAAAAUAUCUAAACACAAUAAGGACAGUAAAGAUGCAGCUAAAAUGGUCGAAGACAUGUUGCAACAGUAUGAAUGGAUAUCAACUGAAAGACAGUUCUUUGGUCAGUCUAACACUGCCUAUGAUUUCAAAGCCAAUGAUCCCAAGGAAGCUGGACGAAGAAUACAAAAACUGAAGGAGACUAGAGACAAGUUGGCCAAGAAUGUUAAUCAGAGAGCAAUGAAUAUGUUAAGCAAAGCUGAGGAAAAGGAUUUUGGUUCCAUCUUUUCUUCACUGCUGCCUGGUACAGAUGCUAAGCUGGCACCUCCUGAUGGGAAGUCUGUUCUUGAUGGACUGGAGGUCAAAGUCGCAUUUGGUGAUGUCUGGAAAGAUAGCUUGACUGAACUAAGUGGAGGUCAAAGAUCAUUGGUAGCAUUGUCACUAAUCCUAUCUUUGUUGCUGUUCAAACCUGCACCGUUGUACAUCUUGGAUGAAGUUGACGCUGCGUUAGAUUUAUCUCAUACCCAGAAUAUUGGUCAGAUGUUACGUACACAUUUCAGACACUCACAGUUCAUUGUGGUAUCUUUAAAAGACGGUAUGUUUAACAAUGCCAAUGUGUUGUUUAAAACCAAGUUUGUUGACGGAGUAUCGACUGUUACACGGUAUACACAGACCCAGCCAACGACUGGUGGCGGCGCAACAAGCAGCACUGUCAGUGUUGGUAGCAGUACUGCAAAAAGCAAAGAUAAAGGCAAGAAGAGUGCAAAGAGACCCAGACUUGUGAUUGAACAAUAAAGAUGGAACCAUUUCCCUUGUAUAUAUCCCAGGAAACAUAACAUUAAAAGCAUGGUAUUUUAACACAUCAUCUGCUGAAAGUUGCAACGAAUAUUAAUGAACGGGGGAAAAAUAGCAUCACCGGCAUAGUCAUUAAACCAUGUUCACGUACCAUACUACUCGUAUAUAAACAGUGCUUUCACAAUGUUUGGACAUAGAGAGUGUGGUGACUCUGGCAUUUUGAAGUUGCACCCUAACAUCAUUCGUACACCCAUCGUAUAUGCAUAAAAUGUUGAAGGCAAAUUUUUAUGGUCGAUACAAUUCGGAUGUUUUCAAAUUAAAUUUGAAUGAACAAUCAAUUGGGGAAACAGAAUAGUUGCUUCAGUCUAAUGCUAAAAAUGAUAUUCAGUAAAUUCAGAAUAUCAAAUAUUUUGCAUAGUGGUCCUAAAACGAAUGAUCUCUGAGUGCAGUCCUAUUGAUGGUGAUAUGCAAAGUGAAUAAUUGUAAGAUAUAUGCUAGAAAACCUGUGUUCAAACUAUGCAUUGUGGCAUGUUUCUUUUAUGAUGUAAAUAAGCUAAUUUGAAUAUUUCACUGCCAACCCUUUAUUUUAAACGACAUCAGUAGCAAUGUACACCAAGAAUGGAGUCUGGAUUGUUUCCAUAAUGCUACAAGUCAAUGUUAGAAUAGAGACAGUUUUUAGUCACGUAUUUAUCAUGAAUAUCUGAAAUUGUAUUAGAAAUAUUUAGAUUUUAGUGUUGUAUUAUGGUAUAUUGCAUCAGACUUUUUGACAUCUGUCCUCUUCUUUUUUUAUAUUUCAAAUACUUUACAUUUUGAUAUAGUAAAUACCAAACUUCAAUGGAUAUGACAUUGUUUACACUCCACAGUCGUGAACUUGUAGGUCAUGAUUUCUUCCAAGGUUAUUACACGUGUUGUAUUUGCUCUUUUAGAAGCAUGUAUAAACCCUAAAUCACAUUUGUUGUCUAAUGAAUAUUACUGUAUAGAUUAGUAGAUGAAACUUCACCCUUUCUCAUAUGUAUAGAGGCGCUAAUAGAAGCUGCAUCCCCCUCUGUUGCAUUGUACCAUUUUUAUAGAAGUUGCGGCUUCUAAUACAGAUUUUACAGAACUUGUUUUUACCAUACAAGUUUGUUUGCACUUCUGUGACCUGUUUGCAAGUGGUUGGGCCUCAAAAUUGUCAGUGGUCUUGGCUAGACCCAUGGUAAUACUUGAUAGUCCAUCUGGUUUAGUAAGUACUUGGACCCAUAUAUAAAAUAUGAAUACAAAUAAAUGCUAUUCUGUAUGUGUGCCUUGGGAGACUUAAUUUUAAGCCCAAACAGUGUACACAACUGAUUAACCAUCUUCACUAUGUCUUCAAUUCAGACAUGAUUUGAAUUUUGAACUUAUAAAAUCGUGAUUUUAUUCAGAACCAAUUACGUCACUGCCAUUGAAUUUGUAAUAUUUACUUAAAUAAAAUAGUGUUUAUUUCAA